CGGGCGGCGGGCAGAGCUCGGAGCCGGCGGCGGGCGCUGCCGGCGCAGCCAGCAUGUCCUCCAUCCUGCCCUUCACUCCUCCCAUCGUCAAGCGGCUCCUGGGCUGGAAGAAAGGCGAGCAGAACGGGCAGGAGGAGAAAUGGUGCGAGAAGGCGGUGAAGAGCCUGGUGAAGAAGCUGAAGAAGACGGGGCAGCUGGACGAGCUGGAGAAGGCGAUCACCACGCAGAACAUCAACACCAAGUGCAUCACCAUCCCCAGGUCCCUGGAUGGGAGGCUGCAGGUGUCCCACAGGAAGGGCCUCCCCCACGUCAUCUACUGCCGCCUGUGGCGCUGGCCCGACCUGCACAGCCACCACGAGCUGCGCGCCAUGGAGAUGUGCGAGUUCGCCUUCAACAUGAAGAAGGACGAAGUCUGUGUCAACCCCUACCACUACCAGAGAGUGGAGACCCCAGUGCUGCCUCCGGUGCUGGUGCCUCGGCACACGGAAAUUCCGGCCGAAUUCCCGCCCCUGGAUGACUACAGCCACUCCAUCCCAGAGAACACUAACUUCCCUGCAGGUAUCGAGCCCCAGAGCAACUACAUUCCAGAGACCCCUCCUCCGGGCUAUUUGAGUGAGGAUGGAGAAACCAGUGACCACCAGAUGAACCCCAGCAUGGAUGCAGGUUCUCCAAACUUAUCACCAAACCCCAUGUCUCCAGCACACAACAAUCUGGAUCUGCAGCCCGUGACCUACUGCGAGCCGGCCUUCUGGUGCUCCAUAUCCUACUACGAGCUCAACCAGAGGGUGGGAGAGACUUUCCACGCCUCGCAGCCCUCCAUGACCGUGGAUGGCUUCACUGACCCCUCCAACUCGGAGCGCUUCUGCCUGGGUUUGCUGUCCAACGUCAACAGGAACGCGGCCGUGGAGCUCACCAGGCGGCACAUCGGCCGCGGUGUCAGGCUGUACUACAUCGGCGGGGAGGUGUUCGCCGAGUGCCUCAGCGACAGCGCCAUCUUCGUGCAGUCGCCGAACUGUAACCAGCGCUACGGCUGGCACCCGGCCACGGUCUGCAAGAUCCCGCCAGGCUGUAACCUGAAGAUUUUUAACAACCAGGAGUUCGCUGCCCUGCUGGCGCAGUCGGUGAACCAGGGCUUCGAGGCCGUGUACCAGCUGACCCGCAUGUGCACCAUCCGCAUGAGCUUCGUCAAGGGCUGGGGCGCCGAGUACAGGAGGCAGACUGUGACCAGCACUCCCUGCUGGAUCGAGCUGCACCUCAACGGCCCCUUGCAGUGGCUGGACAAGGUCCUCACACAGAUGGGCUCCCCCAGCAUCCGCUGCUCCAGCGUCUCCUAAGGAAACUCCUCCCGGGGGCCCGUGAGGGGAGCAAGGACUCUGGAAAACCCUUAGCAAAGGCAUAGUAAACAACUCCCCAGUUACUCAAGAGAUGAGAAAAAAAAUCUGCUUCAAAAAAAAAAAAAGAGAAGUGGGGUUUUCUUUGUUUUGUUGUUUUUAAAUUCCCAUUUAAGCCACUUCCACUGAAACUGUUGGCACUUUGGUCGGGAUGCUCCGGGGCCGCUGCAGUUGGAAUUUGGAGCUGGAGUUGGUGAGGAGGCAGAGCUGGACGUUGUUCCAGUGCAGAGCAGGCAGCGCCCGCCUGGCUCCGGGCUGGCUGAGCGCACAGGAGCCAUCCCAGCUCCAAGGAAACUUUCCCUUCCCUCACACAACUCCCGGCUCCUGCAGCACCCCAGGAACACCAGAGCCCAUGGGACUCCGGGAUGGGAACUCCAGAGCCCCUGGCACUAUGAGAUGGGAACUCCAGAGUCCCUGGCACUCCAGGAUGGGAACUCCAGAGCCCCUGGCACUCCAGGAUGGGAACUCCAGAGCCCCUGGCACUCCAGGAUGGCUCCUGCUCGUGCAUUCCUUCACCACCCACCUGAUCCACACUGGCACUGCAGCAGCAGCGGGGCAGGAGGCAUUUCAAACAGCCACAAGAAUGAAUUCCCCCAGGAAUGUUCCAGAAAGGAAGGAAUUUCCCACACUGGACUUGCAGCUCUGCCUGGUGCCCGAGGGGUGAUGCCCUCAUGGAUCAGCCUGGAUUCACGUGGAGCAAAAGGCCCGGCUGGAGGCUGCUCUGGCGUCGCUGCAGCGAUUUUCGAGUGGAGCUGCUCGCCGAGGGACGGUUGUCCCGUGGGCAGCCCUGCCUGGAGCAGUUCUGUUCUCGGCGGUCUGCACUGACCACAGCACGCCCGGGCUGUGCUUUCCCAGGCUCUGCCUCUCCCCAAGCCCCAGGGGCUCCGUGUCCAGGUGGAGCAGGGCUGGGAGGUCCAGGCCUCCUGGGGGUCCCGUGCUGUCACAUGCAGCAGCCAGGACAGCUCAGACACAACCGGCCCUCUGUGUGAAACUUGUUCCAGCUGAUGGAAAUGCUCUAAGAUGUGUUUUUGCCUGGAGAAAUCAGGAGAGUGUGUAUUUACUUGUAUUAUAAAACAUUCAUUUUAAACAUACAUGCUCCAGACUGUUUAAUAUUUUUUAUCCCUGCAGCAACUGUCGUGGCAAACAACUUCCACAACUGGAAAAAAAAAAAACCUUUAGCACUUGUUUUUAUGGUUCACAUUUGCCAAAUAAGUCUCAUAACUUUGUCAGUGCUGUCCAAUUAUCUGUUUCUUUAUAUCUGCAGUGAAUAUCUUACGCAUUUGUGCCAAAAUUAGAGAGGGAGGGGAGAAAACGAUAAUCAGUUUCCUAUGGAAAUCUUUUUUUUUUUUUUUUCUUGGUUUUUUUUAUCUAUGGAAGACAAACAAGCUGGAUGUGGCUGUGGGAAGGACUGACUGGGAUGGACUUGAGGAUGGUUUUGAUAAAGCUUUACUCCUGAUCCACUGGGGGAACCGACUGGAUCAAACACCCACCAGGAAUUUCCACGCACCUCCUUUUCCAACUGCUCGUUCCUCUGCGACCUCUGCCAGCCUCUCCUGCUUCGCCAAACCCAGCGCUCCCGGAGCUGAGGGGACCAGAACAGAUCCCAGAGGCCGCCGCUGCUGCUUGAAAUGCACAUGAAGGGAUGGUUUGGGGAGUUUCCUUCCAGAAACAAGGAAUUACCUUGUUGAAACAUCUGAAAUGUAAAUGCUUAGGAAGACUCUGGGUGGUGGAUGUGCUCCUGGUGGACUUUGGAAUAUCCUCUGGCUGAGUCUGGACUGGAGCUGUUCUGUGCAGCACAGCAGAAGCAGCACUGGAGGUUUUGGGGUGUUUGUUAAAUUUUACAGUGUGUCUGAUCUGAGUUACACCUCUGACUACACAGACUGGGGCAAGAAGAGAUCUGUAUAAAAUGGGAUUUUUUUGGGCCAUUUAUAAAGCAGAUCUGUUGCCAGCGUGGGUUGGUUCAGCAUUGGUUCAGGUACAGGUUUCUAACACAGGUGCAAAGAAGAAAUUAUCCUGAAUUUUGUAGAAAUGUUUCACUUUUGGCUGUUCAAAUGAGAGGGGCAAAAUCUGCUCUGUAAAAUGGCCCCAGGUUUCCUCCAUGAGUGUCUUAAUUGCUUAUUUUGGUGACAAAUGUUGUUGUUGUCCUCAUAACCACAGAGGAAAUUGGACUCUGGUGCCUCCUGCAUUAAUCACAGAAAUGACAUCUGAAAUUCCAGAGGCAGGGAUUACAGGUGAUGGUGUGAACAGGAGCCCAGCCUGAUCCAGAGGCCAUGAGUGGGAAUAAAUCCCAGUUUUAAUAUGAAAUCUGUACACAGAGUCACCUGCACAACCUGGAUUUCCGCUGGGAACCAGAGCUACAGCUCCUUGCUAAAGGAUAAUUAAUUGCUGACCAUUAUUAAUCGAGGCCUUUGGAAACCCAGGAUUCAGAUGACGCAUAAAAACUUGGGUUAAUCUCCCCUCAUCAUCCCUUGCAGUGGAAAAUGUGAGCUGGCCCAGCAGUGCAGUGAGAUAAAGGGGAGAUUAUUUCCACUCCAGCAUUCAUUUCUGGUUGAUAAAAGCUUGUGGGGUUCUGGAGUCACCUUGGGAAGCCCGGCAGAGCCCUGGGGAGGGGAUGAGCCUGUUCUGCCCUGGAUGCUCACAGUGGCUGCAGAUGGAAGUGAAUUCCUGUUCCCCUGGCCACCAAGGACAGGGAGCAGGGAUUGGGCUGGGGUGGCUGGAGGCCUCAGGGCACCGGAGGCUUGAUUUCUCCUAGAUUUCUCCUAGAACUUGAUUAAAGCAGCUUUGGUGUGGAGCUCAAAGGGAUGGGAGCUGCCGUGCCCUGGCUCAGGUUGCAGCUCCAGGCUGGAAUAUCCUCUCAUUUCAGGGCAGGCUGGGCUGGUUUCACCAGGAUUUCACCCGGUUUUGUUCCUCCAGUCAGUAGCAGGACCUUUGACUCUUCCCUUGGUGUGGCAGAGGACACCCAGGGCCCUGUGCUUUUCUGGGCUCUGUGGUCUGUUUAUUGCUAAUGUAUUGAAUUGCAGGUUGUAUUUUGUGUUAAGCUUGUCUUAGGAGUAAUCCAGCGCUGCCCAUUUGAUUUAAUCUCCAGCAAUCAGCGUGCAUAUGCACAGAGAUGGAGAAAUCCUGUCAUAAGGCAUUUCCCUGCAGCUCUGGCUGCCCCUGUGUGCCAGGAAAAGGCUGAGGGAGCCCGAGUUACUCACAGUUUCCUCCCCGUUGGAUCAGGGUAGUUGAGCCCUGCAGGAUCCUCUGCAGGGUGAAGGAUGUUCAGGACUCAGCUCAGGCACUGAGUGCUGGCUCCUGUGCCGUGAGCUGCCCUGACUGGAAAAGCAGAACCACCCAGCCCAGGGAAGGACCUGAGCCACAUCAGCCAGCAGCCAGGAGCUCUCCUGGUUCUCUGAGGUUCUGGAGAGGCAGGAGGAUGGAAUCUCAUGGCUGUGCUAAGCUGGGCUGAGAACCAGGCCCGAGCGCUGUGCCUGAGAAGUUCAAUGUUUUUUACUGUGUACCUGCUUUUGUAUUUAUGUGUCUUUCUCGAAUAUUCAGAUGAAUCCAAUAUUUAAUUUUUAGCAGAAGGGGCAAUUAAGGACUCAGAGUAUUAAAUCUUCCAUCUGUUCCUUGCUGAUGAUUGCUGGAAAUGAGGAGUUUGUGACGUGAGAACAGAGCUGAGCACAAAGUUCCCUGAGCCCUCGGGAGCCACGGUGCUACUGCACCACGUCAGGGUCCCAGAGGGGCCCUUGGUGAGCUUGUGAGAGGGGCUUGAGGAGGCUUUAAAAACCAAAACCUGUCCCUUCUAGACCUGCCAGGGUCACCUUCUGUCCCUUCUAGACCUGCCUGGGUCACUUUCUGUCCCUUCUAGACCUGCCUGGGUCACCUUCUGUCCCUUCUAGACCUGCCUGGGUCACCUCCUGUCCCUCCAGACCUGCCUGGGUCACCUUCUGUCCCCUCCAGACCUGCCUGGGUCACCUCCUGUCCCUUCUAGACCUGCCUGGGUCACCUCCUGUCCCCUCCAGACCUGCCUGGGCCACCUCCUGCCCCUCCAGACCUGCCUGGGUCACCUUCUGUCCCCUCCAGACCUGCCUGGGUCACCUUCUGUCCCUUCUAGACCCACCUGGGUCACCUCCUGCCCCUCCAGACCUGCCUGGGUCACCUCCUGUCCCCUCCAGACCUGCCUGGGUCACCUUCUGUCCCUUCUAGACCUGCCUGGGUCAUCUUCUGUCCCUUCUAGACCUGCCUGGGUCACCUUCUGUCCCUUCUAGACUCGCCUGGGUCACCUCCUGUCCCCUCCAGACCUGCCUGGGUCACCUCCUGCCCCUCCAGACCUGCCUGGGUCACCUUCUGUCCCUUCUAGACCCACCUGGGUCACCUCCUGCCCCUCCAGACCUGCCUGGGUCACCUUCUGUCCCCUCCAGACCUGCCUGGGUCACCUUCUGUCCCUUCUAGACCUGCCUGGGUCACCUCCUGUCCCUCCAGACCUGCCUGGGUCACCUUCUGUCCCCUCCAGACCUGCCUGGGUCACCUCCUGCCCCUCCAGGCCUGCCUGGGUCACCUCCUGCCCCUCCGGGCCGGGCUGGUUCCUCUGCUCCCUGCAGACGAGGUGGGCUCCUCUGGGGCUGGCUGCAGCCCCGCAGUGUCUGUCCCUGUGUGGGUGCACAGGGGCUCUGCGUGCCCAGGGUUCAGAGCCGGUGUCCAUCCCUGCCCAGCUGUGCCUCCUCCCGCUCUCCUUCACUGCGUUUGUUACUCGAGGCCUGUCCCAUGUACGCCCUCCCCUUUCCAUGUGGAACUGUAAGGUCUGGUUUUGACAUUUUAAUAAACUUUGAUUUGAAAACUG